AUGGCGGAUAUCUUGGAUGUGGUGGAAGAGAGCGGGUUUCUUUCAAGUUUAAUAUGGGAAAUUCUUAAAAGUCCAAUUAACAUUGCUUUGGUGGGAAUAAUCAGUUAUCUUGUAUAUAAAAUAAUAAAAAGCAGGCAAAAGGUACAUGAACCUGUGCACAUUGAACCAGAAUUACCGAAGUUAAGAAGAGAUUUUACAGUAGAAGAGUUACGAAAGUAUGAUGGAACUGGCCCAGAUGGAAGAAUUCUUGUUGCUGUGAAUGGAAAUGUCUACGAUGUCACGAAAGGGAAACGUUUUUAUGGACCAGGUGGUCCAUACUCAGCAUUUGGAGGACGUGAUGCUUCCCGUGGUCUUGCUACAUUUUCUGUUGAUUCGGCAAAAGAUGAAUAUGAUGACUUGAGUGAUCUAAACACGAUGGAGAUGGAAUACUAA